UUUGUAACCCCACUAUAUAAUUUUCAGCAUUGAUUAUCCAACUACUCCCCAUGUCCUUUUGUAUUUUUAUUGACUACAAACUUUUGACAAUGGCAACUUGACCUUGUUAAUGGCUUUUUUUUUUUAAUUUCUAGAACUUUAAUGGUAACAUACCAAACCAUUUCUUUAUUGUAACGUCCUCUAUUAUCUACCGUUAGUUUAUCCAUUUGACAUUUCUUAAUUCUUAUUUUUUGGAAUGUCGUCAUACAAUAAAGGACAUGUGAAGUUAUAUUUAUUCUCUUAAGAAAAUAUUCAGAAUUAUUGGAAUUUCUAGGCAGGCCGGUCCUGUGUACUUAGACUCCUAAUAUACAAAAAUAAAUAUUUUAAUUCAUAAUCUAUUAUUGCAAAGGAUAUUAACGUUCUUAAAUUUCUAUAUAAAUUUUAGUGUGUAUAGCUGGAGCUUCAGCACCUUUAGCUUAGGACCAGUGUAGGAUAGUGAACCAGUAGAGAGAAUGAAUGAAUUGGGUAAAGGGAAUUAUCCAAUUAAACCGAACCGGCUCCACACCAGACCGGAUCAACUAAAUUAUCCACCGUUUUUUUAAUGAAAACCGACAACUAUUUGAAUAAAGACAACGACGUCAACUCAAGAUUGAGCUGGUUUCCAAGUGUGAAUCCGAAGACCAACCGCUCUCUCUCUCUCUAGAGAAAUCCAAAAUCUUAUUAAACAAAUAAAAAAACUACUACUUUUUUGACUAACCAGUAUAGAGAGAGAGAGAUAGAAACAGCAAAGUAAGUUGACUAUUAUUACAAGACAACCAUUUCGUCAAAGUCAAGCUGUUGAAAAUUCAACUCUUUCAUCAUUUUCAUUCGUCUUCUUUAAUCUUUGCUUCCUCCAUUUCAAACCCUCUGAUCAUUCAAGAAAAAAAUAUCUUUUCAAUCAAGCAACAACAAAACAAUGAUGAAAGAACCAACUCAUCAUCGCCACCUUCCAUGUCUCUUCCUCUUUCUUCUUUCACUACUCCGACCAAUCACCUCAGACCCUAGAGCACGAUCCGUCAAAAUCACUUGCUCACCGCAGCUCGAGCACAACGAAACCGUCUUCGUCCCCAACUUCGUAGCCUCGAUGGAGAAAAUCAGCCAAGUAGUCCAAACCACCGGUUUUGGAACCGCUCAAACCGGUUCAGGACCAGACGGUAAUUACGCUCUCGCACAGUGCUACGGAGACCUCCCUUUGAACGACUGCGUCCUCUGCUAUGCAGAAGCGAGAACCAUACUACCAAAGUGUUACCCUCAGAACGGAGGUAGAAUCUUCCUCGACGGAUGUUUCAUGAGAGCCGAGAACUACAGUUUCUACAAAGAGUUCAAAGGACCUGAAGACACCGUCAUCUGCGGGAACACCACUAAGAGAAACAACGCCACGUUCGGUGACGCGGUGAGACAGGUGGUGAGAAACGCGGUUGCUGCGGCUCCUGGGAGUGGAGGGUACGCUCGCGGCGCGUCUGAAAACGGAGAGUCUGCGUUUGCGUUGGUGAACUGCUGGAGGAACUUGAGUCCUGAGUCUUGUAAACAGUGUUUGGAGGAUGCUUCUGCUUCUAUGGUUGACAAGUGUUUGCCGUGGUCUGAAGGACGUGCGCUUCACACUGGGUGUUUCCUUAGGUACUCUGAUCAAGAUUUCUUGAACAAGAUUCCAAGAAACGGAAGAUCAAGAGGUUCUGUAGUGGUGAUUGUUGUUUCAGUCCUUAGCUCUGUGAUUGUCUUUAUGGUUGGAAUAGCAAUUGGUGUCUAUAUCUGCAAACACCGAACCAUACAAAAGAAGAGAAGAGGAUCAAAUGAUGUAGAGAAAAUGGCGAAAACGCUGACAGACAGUAGCUUGAACUUCAAAUACUCAACACUAGAGAAAGCAACAGGUUCUUUCGACAACGCGAACAAGCUUGGACAAGGAGGAUUUGGAACUGUCUAUAAGGGUGUUCUUGCAGAUGGACGAGACAUCGCUGUGAAACGGUUGUUCUUCAACAACAGACACAGAGCAGCAGAUUUCUACAAUGAAGUCAACAUUAUCAGCUCCGUUGAACACAAGAACCUAGUCAGGCUUCUUGGUUGCAGCUGCUCAGGACCAGAGAGCCUCCUCGUCUAUGAGUAUCUUCAGAACAAGAGCCUUGAUCGCUUCAUCUUUGAUGUUAAUAGAGGUAAAACACUAGACUGGCAAAGAAGAUUCGUGAUCAUUGUUGGAACAGCUGAAGGGUUGGUGUAUCUGCACGAGCAGUCUAGUGUGAAAAUCAUCCAUAGAGAUAUUAAAGCAAGCAACAUUCUGCUAGAUUGUAAGCUUCAAGCUAAAAUCGCUGACUUUGGUCUUGCAAGAUCGUUCCAGGAGGAUAAGAGUCAUAUCAGCACAGCCAUUGCAGGGACUCUUGGCUAUAUGGCUCCAGAGUACUUGGCACAUGGUCAGCUAACAGAGAAAGUAGACGUCUACAGCUUCGGUGUUCUUGUACUAGAGAUUGUAACUGGGAAGCAGAACACAAAAAGCAAAAUGUCUGAUUAUUCAGACAGUUUGAUUACAGAAGCAUGGAAGCAUUUUCAGUCAGGAGAGUUGGAGGAAAUAUAUGAUCCAAACCUAGAUUGGAAGAAUCGUAACGAUAGUAUCAUCAUCAAAAAGGAGAUAGUGAGAGUUGUUCAGAUAGGGCUAUUGUGCACUCAAGAAAUGGCAUCGCUAAGACCAUCCAUGUCAAAGGUCUUGCAUAUGCUAAAGAACAAGGAAGAAGUCUUGCCGUUGCCAAGUAAUCCUCCGUUUAUGGAUGAAAGAGUCAUGGAGUUUCGAGAUGGUUCUGAUGGAGAUUCAGCUGCUUGUGCUUCUCUUGCCACUGUCUCCCAAAGCUCAUUCUACGGUAGAUGAGCCUUUGAAGAGGCAGCACAGCAUAAGCAUCGUUGUGUGCGCAAACCAAAGUUUUGUGUAUAAAUCAGUAAGAAGAAUUAAGCUAGUAUAAUAGAUAGAUGUGAAGUUGAGUAGUUUGUAUACUGUAAUGAAGAUUUGACAUGGCCCAUGGAGGUAGCAAGUUCAUAUAUGUACGAAAAAGUAAUAUACUGGAAGAGAAUGUUUAAGCUCAAAUCUUGUAUCUAUGCAAAUUAGUAAGGCAUAUAUUGACUUUGGAGGAUUUGUAGAUAAGAAUAUUGUCACAAUGGUUUUGCCGUUCA